CACUGUAGCCACAGUCGGUUCUCAGCAAGCGAAAGGAGCGGAAGUUAAAUUUGCAACAGCCAAAGAAAAUUAACUUAUUUUAACUAUAACCAUGUCGAAGAUCGGAAUUAACGGAUUUGGCCGCAUCGGCCGUCUGGUUCUGCGUGCCGCCAUCGAUAAGGGCGCCAACGUGGUGGCCGUCAACGAUCCCUUCAUCGAUGUCAACUACAUGGUUUACCUGUUCAAAUUCGACUCCACCCAUGGACGUUUCAAGGGCACCGUCGCCGCUGAGGGCGGCUUCCUGGUCGUCAACGGCCAGAAGAUCACCGUUUUCAGCGAACGCGACCCCGCUAACAUCAACUGGGCCAGCGCUGGCGCUGAGUACGUUGUUGAGUCGACUGGUGUCUUCACCACCACCGAAAAGGCCUCCACCCACUUGAAGGGCGGUGCCAAGAAGGUGGUCAUCUCUGCCCCCUCGGCCGAUGCUCCCAUGUUCGUCUGCGGCGUCAACCUGGAUGCCUACAGCCCCGACAUGAAGGUGGUCUCCAAUGCCUCCUGCACCACCAACUGCCUGGCUCCCCUCGCCAAGGUCAUCAACGACAACUUCGAGAUCGUUGAGGGUCUGAUGACCACCGUGCACGCCACCACUGCCACCCAGAAGACCGUCGAUGGACCUUCCGGCAAGCUGUGGCGCGAUGGACGUGGCGCUGCCCAGAACAUCAUCCCGGCAUCCACCGGUGCCGCCAAGGCCGUCGGCAAGGUCAUCCCUGCCCUCAACGGCAAACUGACUGGCAUGGCCUUCCGUGUGCCCACCCCCAACGUGUCCGUUGUGGAUCUGACCGUGCGCCUGGGCAAGGGUGCCACCUAUGACGAAAUUAAGGCUAAGGUUCAGGAGGCUGCCAACGGACCCCUGAAGGGUAUCCUCGGCUACACCGAUGAGGAGGUCGUCUCCACCGACUUCCUCAGCGACACCCACUCGUCGGUGUUCGAUGCCAAGGCUGGCAUUUCGCUGAACGACAAGUUCGUCAAGCUCAUCUCCUGGUACGACAACGAGUUCGGUUACUCCAACCGUGUCAUCGAUCUGAUCAAGUACAUGCAGAGCAAGGACUAAAUAUCUAUAGCUUCUCGGUACUAAAAUCUAUAAAUCGGCAACGGUGCGUCGACUAGAAUAGCUGAGACGGCCACGCAGCGGAAAAUUGGAAAAAUUAAAUACAUACCACACCAUACAUGAAUAUGUUUAUUGUUAUAUAAUAAAGUAUCACUUUGCGUGUAUUUGUUCAAAAUUGCCGAAAA